AUGUGCGAUAGACAGCUCAGCCAUCGCUCAAAACUCGAGAUCUACAUCAAGUCUUUCCACUACAACGAACCGAAGCCGCAUCAGUGCCAGCUGUGCGACAAGAGUUACAAUAAGAACGUCCAGCUGGUCGAACACGUCAAAGUCGUUCACGAGGGCCUGCGUUAUCCUUGCAUCAUCUGCGGAAAGACGUUCGCCUAUCAAGCUAAGUGGAGACAGCACAUCAAGGAACACUCUGAAGAUUACGUCAGGAAGACUUACAUCUGCGAACUUUGCAGCACUGUCUUUGAGUCCCGCCACGGGUAUAGACACCACAUGGCAAAACACCAGAACAAGACUCAGGUUAUUUGCGAUACUUGUGGCCACGUCGCUUCGGACAUCUUCAACUUGAGAAUCCACAUUCGUAGACACCACAGUACCAAGGAGUCUUUUGAGUGCAACGUUUGCGCUAAGGUAUUUGCUACCGAUUCUGGGUUGAGAUUGCACAGCAAGAUUCAUACCGAAGGUAAACCGGAGCCGUCUACUUCUGAGUCAACUACGAUGCCAGAAGAACGCAGUAAGGCUUUCAGCUGUGGCGAAUGCAAGAAGACCUUCUCAUCAGCAAAAAACCUGAGUCGGCAUCAAGGCAGCCAUAACGACAAAAAAUUCCCCUGUGAAAUGUGCAACAAGGUCUUCUACAGGAAAGCUAACCUCAAAUAUCACCAAAACUUCAAGCAUUUCCGAAAAUUCACUUGCAAAUGUUCGUACUGUGAUCAAGUGUGCUUGAGCAAAAAGGGCCUGAAGGUGCACAUUGAUAACGUACAUCUGAACAAAUAUAAGUUCGGUUGCGACAAGUGUCCAAAAAGUUACAACUCCAGGAGCAAACUGGCCAAACACAUCAAGUUUGACCACGAAGGGGAACGUCAUCAAUGCCCUUUGUGUGACAAGGUUUUCAAAGACGAACGGCACUUCAACAUGCACACGAAUUCGCACGAUCCCGGCUACAGCAAACCUCAGUUCACUUGCGAGGUGUGCCACAAGGUCCUUGGCAUGAAGUCCUACGACCGCCAUAUGAAGAUGCACUCAGGAGAGAACUACACGAACAUCGUGUGCGACUUAUGUGGCAAGUCCAUGUCCACCAAGAGCCAUUUGACCAACCAUAGACGUACGCACACCGGAGAGAAGCCUUACGAGUGCAAUUUCUGUCAAAAAAAGUUCGCCAGGAACGAGACUUUGAUAGCGCAUAGGAGGAUACAUACAAAGGAAAGACCUUACGUGUGCGAAGUGUGCACGAAAGCGUUCACGCAAAAGUCGGCUUUGACUAUACAUAUGCGGUAUCAUACUGGUGAGAGGCCUUACCAGUGUGUGAUAUGCCAGAAGAAGUUUGUCACGAAGACAUUGCUCAAAGGACAUAAUUGCGAGGGGCCUCCUGGUACCUAG